AUGUCUCUAGCCACUGCUCCGGUCGAAGCGCCGAUCCUGGAACUGCAUUUGGCCAGCAACGAUGCUAUCUCGGACUUACCGCCGGUUUUGGACGUGGUCGGCAAGGACUGGGUGAAAGUCUCGAGCAAACCCAUUUUCGAUGGCGCCAACGGCAUCAUCUUCAAGGCCUCGGACGCCGCAAGCUCGCGGUUGGUGGUCAUCAAGACCGUGAAGCGGCAUGCCGAACAGUCGCUUCUGUUCUAUCGAGCGUGCGUCAUUCGAGAGUAUGAGAAUAUGAAGCGGUGUCUCUCUUCGAAACAGGUGGUUGAUGUGAUUGCGCUAGCAGCAAAUCCAGACGUGGACGAGCUCUCGAUAGUGGCUCAAUAUUGCUCGCAUGGCGAUCUUUUAGACUUUUUGUGUACCCUUCGAACGAAAAAAGUAACGAUUCCGUCGAAUCUCAAAGACGCCAUCUUCAAGCAGGUCGUGAAGGCCGUGGAUUACCUCCAUAGACAUGAUAUAGCGCAUCGCGACAUCAAACCUGAGAACUUCUUGGUCGAUGGAAAUGGGACAGUGCGGCUCAAUGAUUUUGGAUGCUCUUUAGAUACUACCAAGCUCGCCGAGCAACUACCUCUCAACGAGAUUUGCUGCGGAACGCCGUCUUUCAAGGCACCAGAACUCUAUUCCUAUGAAGAACACCUGAAGUCGAAAACCGACGAAGAAAUGAAGGCCAUGAGGUUCGAGAUGGACUACAAGAAGGUAGAUGUGUGGGCGCUAGGGAUAGUUUGCUUCCAGGUCUACUUGAUGUCUGUUCCUUGGCAGAGCUCCCGCACGGAAAACAAAGCGAUGGAAUUGUACAUCAAAAACUAUCCCGAAAACGAAAAGAACCUCAAAGCCUUGCUGGACAAGCUCAACGACAGAAACAUGUCGACCCGACUGAAUCCAGCCUUGUCGCUAUUCAAGAAGAUUCACUACGAUGCAAGAAUCGAACUAUUCAAAAUGCUUCAUCCCAAACCUACAAAGCGAGUUAGCACUGAGGAACUUUUGCAAUCGAGCUGGCUCACGCAAGCAUAUGCUAACCCCAAGGAGAUUUUGGCGCUCAUACCUCACAAGUAG